GGGUGUCACGCGCGCGCCCGCGUCGCUCUCUAGUGGUGGUACCACGAGCUCGCUAGUGUGCCGCUGAAUGCCGAGUCUCAGCUCGCAACGACCAACCGGCAACCGCGCGAGCUAUAUAUGCGCUGCGCGCUCAGCUAUGCAGCUCCACCGCCGUGUCGUGUGUGACCGAGACUAAGAGCAAGCACCCAGGUCGACGCCGUUCUCGCCUAGCCGGCAGCUGUUUAGUGUUUACAGCGACACGGUGCAAGAGCGAUGGACCCGUACAAGUACCUCAACAUCGGCUUCAACCCGGACGGCUCGUUCACCCGCAACGGCCAGGCGAAGCUCAUCCCGGCCGCGCCGUCGGGGGAGCCCGUCGCGGUCACCACCGCGGACGGCCCCGUGCGCCGCAUUGUCCACUCCAACGACGUCCCGCUCGACGACGCCAAUGGCACGAGCGUGCGCCUCUUCGUGCCGGGCUUGGCCGCGGCGCCCCGCACCGGCAGGCUGCCGCUGAUCGUCUACUUCCACGGGGGCGGGUACGUGCUCUUCCGCGCGGCCUCCGAGCCGUUCCACAACAACGCCGCUGUUCUGGCCGCCAGCGUGCCCGCCGCCGUAGCCUCCGUCGACUACCGCCUCGCGCCCGAGCACCGCCUACCCGCCGCCUUCGACGACGCCGCCGACGCGGUCCGCUGGGUGCGGUCGUACGCCGCCGGCUCGCCGGGCAGGCCGAUCUUCAUAAUGGGCUGCCACAACGGGGCCAGCAUCGCGUUCCGCGCGGCGCUGGCGGCGGUGGACGAGGGAUUGGAGCUGCGGGGGUUGAUACUGAACCAGGCGCACCACAGCGGCGUGGAGAGGACGGCGGCGGAGGCGGCGUCGGUGGACGACCGCGUCCUGCCGCUGCCGGCGAAUGACCUGCUCUGGGAGCUCGCGCUGCCGAUGGGCGCCGACCGGGACCACGAGUACUGCAACCCGGAGUCCAUGCUGGCCGGCAUCGGAGCGGAGCGGCUGCGGAGGCUGCCGCCGUGCCUGGUGCUCGGCCGCAAGAAGGACCCGCCGAGGGACCGGCAGAGGGUGCUGGUGCAUGCGCUGCGGAAGGCCGGGGUGGCCGUGGAGGCCCAGAUGGACGGCGCCGGGUACCACGCGAUGGAGCUGUUCAAGACUAACUGCGCCGAGGAGUUCAACGCGCAGGUGACGGACUUCGUCCGCCGGCACGCCGGCGACUGUGUCGACGUAUACGCUGCGAGGAGCAGGCUGUGACCGGUCGAUCCCAAAGCGGUGGUUGUUACAACGGCGCUGUCUCAUCUGGUACAAUUUUUAAAUGACUUGUAUAUCAAUCAUAUCUUCAUUAUCACCAUGCUAGUUAGUAGUAUGAUUGAUUGACUUGGAGUGACGGCCUCUACACCGGACAAGUACAAUCAGUGCAGUGACGAGCCACUGAAUUAUCCACGCUUUUCCAAUGGAUUUGUCACGUUUGAUUUUGUAUUAAUUGUUUAGCACCUA